CGUAUGUAAAAGUCUUUCCGGGUCAAAGUUUCCCUUGCAUCCACAUGUGAUUCACAUGUUUACACGAGCAUUUGUAUUCAGAGGAACAAACUGGUGAUACUGACGUCGGAAAAUAUUUAUUACACACUGUUAUAGUAAAAGCAUAGCGGCGCUAUGUCGGAGAGUGAAGAAGAAGCUUGUGAACGCCUGACAGAAACGCAGAGAGUUCCAAAGUACCAAUGUCCGGCCGACUUUGUGUCCAUGCCGUAUGAUUCCUCUGCAAGUGUCUUACAGGACGAAGAUGGAGAGAAGGAAUUAUGGAUCAUCAAAGCUCCAGCUCGCUUCGAUCCUAAAUGCUUUGAAAACCUCCAAGUUCCCUUAUCAGGACUGGAAAUGGUCCAGUCUUCUGGCGCAACCUCUCAGAUCUACAGCGUCCUCAGCAGCAGAACGCCACCAUCAGAUCUCCAUCUGCUCAUUUCCAAAGGGAAACAUCAGAAGCCUGUUCUCUGUUCCUCUGGCUUCAGUGGAAUCCUCAAGAUCUCAGAGAGCUACGGAAACUGCGGUGAGAACCAAUGUCCCGUUCCCAUCCCUGCCGCUCCAGCUCCAUCCAUCCCAGCUGGUCUCAGGCAACGGUUCCAGCCUUUUGGGAGUUCCUUUGAACCUCACAUGCAGGAUAAAGCCACCAUAGUCUCUCCAACUGUUCCCAAGAGAACCAGUCAGGAACCCAUCGAGGGCGAGGAUCGGAAAAAGAAGAAAAAGAAAAAGAAAGACAAGAGGCAAGAGGACAGUGAAGCAGUUUUUAUCAAAGAAGAACAGGCACAAAUUGACUGUAAUCAGUUAGAAUUCUCUGAACUUAAGGAGGAAGAGCCGACGACGGAGGAAAGGAGGAGGAAGAAGAAAAAGAUGAAGAAAGAGAAGGAAAGACAUAGUGAAGACAUGGUUGAUGCAAGUUUAAUAUCUAAAACGGAGCCACUGGAUCCUUCAUACGAUGAUUACAUUGACACACCAGGGAAAACGAAAAAGAAGAAAAAGAAAAAUAGUCGACAUGAGUAGACUGUCGUAAGAACUAGGGAUGAUUUGUCAUGUUCACAAAUGCUUAAUGUAAUAUUUAACUGUCAAAUGCAAUUGAAAAACUGUGUCUGUCUUGAAAUAAUUCAAGGUUUC